AUGUCUUCAAAACAUGACCCUAAAUCGGGGAAUGAAAGCGACUCCAUCCUACCGAGAUCCAAUGCCAGAUCCGCAGCACUAUCAGUAUCAAACCGCGCUGCAGCAGAGCCCCCUGCCGAUCAUUUUAUACUGCAUAACCAAGACGUAGUUACACCUUACCUUACGCCCUACCAACCCAUUACUAAGUCAAACUCUAAGGAAAGAGUACCGGACACAGAGCCACAAAGCUGGGCUAGGCCAGCCUCCUGUAUCAUACAUAUGGCCCAAAGGAGGACAUCUUCUCAUGGCGACAUAAGUCCCUCCAAUCACCUCAGAAGAUACGCAAAAGGAAACCCAGAAACACAUAAGAGACACAAACAUCAGAAGAUAGCUAAAGCUUUCCCUUACAACGUAUAUAAAGGGAGCUUUAAUCGACAGGAUGUCCUAAUCAAGCACACACGGCUUCGCUAUCCACCUAUUCUACCAAAAUAA